CUCGGCUACACCCAGAGGGCUAUCUCGUCUGGGCACUUUUUACAUAAGGCACCUGCUAGAAGUUUCCGUGUACAUUCUACAGGAACUCGGUACCAGCAGGACUAAUAGUUUCAGAUUAUAUUUCCUGUUCUGAAUGAUAGUUAUGGAGCAUCUCAGUAUUCUGUCAAUCAGUGCUCAGCAGCUACGCAGGCUACCUAAAGUCUUGGAGGACAGCCUACCUGUGAUGCCAAGCACUGUCAAGGAUUGUGAUGUACCGAGCCUUUUUCGGGAACCCUAUAUUCACUCUGGUUAUCGCCCAGUGGGCCAGGAAUGGCGGGUUUACCUCCUUAGUCUUUUUCAACAGCAUAAUGAAGCUCUGAAUGUUUGGACUCACUUGCUGGCUGCAGUUGCAGUUUUUCUGCGAUUCUGGGCUUUUAUUGAGACUUCAAACCUUUCCCUGGAUGCAUAUUCCCUUCCUCUUUACAUUUUUGUGCUGUCAGCCCUCAUAUAUCUAUCUUUUAGUGUGCUGGCACAUUUGUUUCAGUCAAAAUCAGAGCUUACGCAUUACUCUUUUUAUUUUUUAGACUAUGUUGGUGUAAGCAUUUAUCAGUAUGGAAGUUCUCUGGCUCAUUAUUUUUAUAGUUCUGAACAAUCCUGGCAUAAUAAAAUGGCUUACAUUUUUCUACCCGGAGCUGCUUUUUUAGGUUGGCUCUCUUGCACUGGCUGUUGUUAUGCUAAAUACCGAUAUCAACGUCCGUAUCCUGUGGAAAGAAAAAUCUGUCAAGUCAUUCCAGCUGGUCUUGCAUAUAUACUGGACAUAAGCCCAAUUGUUCACCGUAUUGUAACUUGCUGGGAUGAUCCAGCUGUGAAUUUUCACACUCUUCAAAUUGUAUUUUUUCUCCUUGCAGCAUUUUUUUUCUCAUACCCUGUUCCAGAAAAGUUUUUCCCUGGUUGUUGUGAUAUUGUAGGUCAUGCCCACCAGAUAUUCCAUUUAUUUCUCUCAUUGUGCACUCUUUGUCAGAUGGAAGGUUUGCUUACAGACUUUUUAAUGAGACGGGAUGUUCUUCUGCAAAGACAUACAUCUGGGAUGGUAGUUGUUGUCUCUGUUUCUUUCCCAGUACUUGUCAUGUGCAGUAUGCUAACAGCAGGGUACUUAAGACAAAAUGUACAAUUGCACUUGAACAAAAAGGAAAAAUAGAAACCAAGAUGAAGGCGUCUUUUAAGCAAUGACUUUUCAUUAGAUGUUGUAUUUCGUAUGACAUAACAUUAAUAAUUCUCUAAAAUAUUUACAUGAUUUAGUCACAUUUACUCUGUGUUAUUCCAUCUGUAAUCCUGAAUUGUAACACUAGUUACGAAACAUGGUUGAAUGAAAUUACGUAUUACAAUGUUUAAAAAAAUGUAUUUGGACAGUAAUAUUUUUAAAGAAAGAGUAUCUAACUUCAGACAAAAAGGAGCAAAACGGUGAAUACACCAUUAAUACUGUAGUAAAACACUCACUGUAUGGCAACAUGCAAUAAAUAUGUCAAUAAACUGAAGAAAUUUCUAGCACUUUCAUGAUUUAUUUUAAACAAAUAGCAACAUUAAAUUUUGAACAAAUACAAUGAUUAAAUUAUCCUUAUAAGUCAGGCAUAUGCUAGAAAUUGAAACUGUGAAAAUAUAUGGUGCUUUAGAUAUAGGAGAAUUAUUUAAUUAAAUACUAUCUUAAUAUGCUUUUUGUGGAUUUAAGAACUAAGAGAAUAUGUCCCUCGAGGAUAUUAUGUAAAAAUAAUUAAAUUCUAAAAAAAAAAAAAAAUUAUCAUAGCUCUGCCAACAAUGCUCUUUAAAUGACUGACCUCCCAUCCAGGGUUUGCUUUUGCCUAGCAUAGAAUACUGGCUGGAAAGCUCUGCAAUUCCUUGUAUUAGACAAAGUGAAAAAAAAAGGAUGGAGGAAUAAUUGCUAGUAGUUGUGUGCCUUCUUCAAAUGUUCACUUUUAACUGUGGCCUCUUUUGCAUCCAUACUAAUCAGUAUCUGUUUUCCAUCCAUCCAUUUUCCAACCCGCUGAAUCCGAACACAGGGUCACGGGGGUCCGCUGGAGCCAAUCCCAGCCAACACAGGGCACAAGGCAGGAACCAAUCCCGGGCAGGGUGCCAACCCACCGCAGGACACACACAAACACACCCACACACCAAGCACACACUAGGGCCAAUUUAGAAUCGCCAAUCCACCUAACCUGCAUGUCUUUGGACUGUGGGAGGAAACCGGAGCGCCCGGAGGAAACCCACACACACACGGGGAGAACAUGCAAACUCCACGCAGGGAGGACCCGGGAAGCGAACCCGGGUCUCCUAACUGCAAGGCAGCAGCGCUACCACUGCGCCUAAGUAUCUGUUUUGAUUUAGUUUAUUUUAUAAGGAAAUGAAUAAGAAUAUAAAACCUGCUCGAUUUCCAUCCAACCAUCCAUUUUUAAGGCUUUGUUUUCCAAUAUAGUAUCCUAAAGUGGUCCUACAGCAGUGGCUCCAAAGCUCUUGAUGGGUUCUAGGCAAGGUUUCUACUUUGCAAAUUCUGUUCAUAUAUACUCUAAUAAAUAAAUGUAUCCCCUUAUAAUGCACACAAUAAUAAUAUAAUAAUUUUAAUAUAUACAGUAAUCAUAUAUAAAAGGAUAUUCAUAGUAUAUACAUGGAAAAAUUAUGUAAUUAAUUUAAAUCAUAAUUAAAUGCAAAUGUACAUUUUCAAGACAAAAGGUAGGCCUAUAAGGGGUGGUGCUUGUCCCUAAAAACCUAUUGCCAACUGGACACCCCCUCACAUACUUUAUUGUUAAUGCAUGCAAUAAAGCAUAAUAUAAAAUUAAAAUUGCACAAUUAUUGAGGCCUCUCAAUUUAAUUGAUGAUUUAUAAUUUUAAACAACAUGGAUCUCCAGACCAGUGGUAGUAGUGUUAGCAGUACUGAAACUUUCUUGAAAUUUCUGACAAUGCACCAAAAUCAUCAUUCUCCAUUGUCAUGAUUAACACUGUAAUAUUACUGAAAAUAAAUUAUCUCACUCCAAUCACUUUGGAUUAUGAAAAUCUUUCAUCUUAAUGCUAUGUUUUGCUUUCUGUAUUGAUAACAGAGAAAGCAAUGCACUUUAAGUGGUAGGAACAAAUAAUUGUAUUAUUGUUAAAAGAAAACUUAUUUUGUGUUUGUGUAACAAAUGGAAAUCAAGAAAAUUUAAAUAAAUUUAUCACUGAUACAUUUUUAUUAAAGAUUAAUAAAAUCA